ACCGGUGGCCUUGGUAACCGCGACGCGUUCUCGGAAGAUGGGGACCUGGAAGGUGGACCAGCCGCUUGGCGCUUCUGCCGCCGCGGACUCCUGGAGGUGGGAUGCCGCAGGGACCUGGAAGCCGCUGAGAGACCUUCGGAGCAAGGAGGAAGAGUAUCUACGUCUGAAUGCAGAACUUGAAGCAAAAACAGCUGAACUGGUUCGUCAAGCAGAAGAAGCAAUAAGAGAUCAAAAUGAGAUACUGUCCAAAGUAGUUUCAUCUACAGUUAAACCAUGUGAGAAAGAAGAUGAUAAUACAAAAGAUCACUUGGCUUCUGAAGGAGCAAAUAAUAAGCAACCAAAGAUCCAUAAGUCUGAUCCUAUGACUGAAAUUCAAAACAAGCCACAGUCUGGAAAUAAAGGAAAGAGAAAAGCUUCAAGUGUAAAAUUUAAAUGUGCUAAUAUGCAAACUGCCAAUGAUGUUGCUGUCCCAGAGGACUUCAAAGACUUUUCACUUACAAACACAAUUAAUAAAAUUGAAGGAAAAUUAGAAGAAGGAGAUUUUCCUGAUGACAUAGAUGAUGAUAUUUUUCCUGGUCUCAGUGAAGACAUUGGAACAGAGGCCCAGAUCAGAUUUCUAAAGGCAAAACUCCGUGUUAUGCAGGAAGAACUGGAUAGUCUUGUAUAUGAUUGCAAUAAAAAGGAGGAUGAAGUAAGAAAUUUAAAAGCCUCUCUUAAAGAUAUUAAUGAAGAUCGUGCUCGAAUGGAGCGAACAAUUAACAUUCAACAAUCUCAGAUUGAAAAAUAUAAAACUCUUUCAGAGGAAGCAAACAAAAAAUGUGAUGGAUUUCAGCAACAGCUGACUGCAGUAGAAAAGGAAUUAGAUGACAGAAAGAGACUACAAAAACAGGCUUCAUCUAGUCAGAGUGCAAUAGAAGUUCGCUUGAAUAGAGCUCUUGAAGAUGUAGAAAAGUAUAAACUGGAGUUAAGCAAAUUAAAGCAGAGUAACAAGGACUUAGCAAAUGAAGAACACAAGAAAAUUGAAGGAUUAAAAACAGAAAAUAAGAAGCUGGAAAAACAAAAAGGAGAACUAUUGACAGGUUUCAAAAAACAGCUUAAAUUAAUUGACAUUUUAAAAAGACAAAAGAUGCAUAUUGAAGCCGCUAAGAUGCUGUCUUUCACUGAAGAGGAAUUUAUGAAGGCACUUGAAUGGGGAAAUAAAUAAAUUUAAUAUACCUCAAAUACUUCCCCCCAAAAUCUUCCCUACAAGAAAAUUCUGUGUGCCUGAUAAAUUGGAAGUAUUUACUUUAUUUGUGAGGUUGAGUAUUAAAAUAUUUUCAGCAAUCCAGUGGAUUUUGUGGGUGGACUGUGUAAAAACUACAUUCACAUGCAAAAAAAUGAUAGUUUCUGACAUAUAGAGGAGAAUUCUAAAGUUUCCUUAGAUUUUAAGUUAGUUAUUUGAUUAUUUUAUACGAAAAUUUACAUAGCACAGAAAAGAUUUAUCACUACAUAAAAUACACUUUAAGGAUUGUGUUAUCGCUCAGAGAUGUAGAGAUGUUACAGGCACAUUAGCUCAUUUGGAUACUUUCUAUUCUUAAAGGUACUAGUAGUGACAGUUUUCUUUCAAUAUCUUGAAUUUUAAAUUAUAAUAGUUACAAGGAAGUUCAGCAACAUCUUCUUCAAAGCUAGUCCAUUAUCAAAUUACAGCACUUAUUUGAAUUUCUAAGUUAUUUUAACAUCCCAAUAAAAAUACAAAUUUCUUAUGUUAAUAUAAUGGGGAGAACCUCUCAUCAGUAUGAUGAGUUCUACUAGUUAACUUGAGAUAAUAGAGCAAAGGCCUUUGUCAGAAGGGAGGAGCACCUUCCAGGGAGCCAGACUUGGACCAUAGCGCUUUAAGGAAAGGACACAGGGAAUUCCACUGAUUGGUCCCCAGUGACUGGAACUGCCUCUUGAUGGUUGUCUAAGGUUCAGGAAAAUAGACUUUUUUCACAGAAACUGCCUUUCCUGUGGUCUCUUAAGAGUGAAAUGUAGACCGGGCCACCCCCAAGUCCCCUUUUCAUGCAGUUUCUCUCCUUGGACUUCCAGACCAGAAUAUAGUGGAGGAGGGGAUUUCUUCUCCUCUCUCUUUCCCACCCCCCAACAGUAUCAACCCAUAGCAGAAGAACAUGGCAGUGAGAGAUGGAUGUGUUUGCUGCACUCAGCAUAAGAGGGAAGAUCCCUGAAUGCCAACCUACCUUGUAGAGGAUUUUUAAUUCACCAGGCAGCAAUCCAGAGAAAGCAGAUUUCCUGAGAAGCAACAGGUUUGACAGUUUCAUAUAUAGCCCCAAGUUCAAGAGUUUAUGAGUUCUAGAAUUAAUGAGUUGAGUGGCAGGUACCCAGAGAAAUAUUUCCAUAAUGUCACCCUUUUCUGGUGGUUCAUUCUGGAGAAGGGUUAGAAACAAAAGGAGAAUGUGAAGCCUCUGUGGUUAGGCUCCCUCAGAUUGAACACAGUUCAUGUGAGUCUAGAGCCUUUGAGGGCCCUGGGCUACAGGUGACAUUUACAUAGUUAACUACUCCUCAGGAAUUGCAGGUUAUCUGGGGGAAAUCUGAUGAAAUCAUGAGCUCGUGAAGAACUCCAAUUUGAAACACACCACCCAGCAAGACAGCUUUUAAAGCAAAUAAGUCACAAAUAUUUGUUUAUUGGUAAUAAUGUAAGGAUAACACUAAUCUAAAAAUAAUAGGUUGAAGAAUUAAGAGGGUGAGAGAUAAAGUAAAUCCAUAAAUUUCUAUACAGAAAUAACAAAAACCAGGAUAUGUGAGAUACCAUCCUAAAAAACCUACAAAAUAUAUAAAGUAUCUAUCUGGUAGUCAAUCUAAGACACUCAAGACAAAUACAAGUAAAACACUUCACAGAAACAAUGGAACAUAAAUAAUGGGUAGAAUUUUAAUUGAUCAUGGUUAGACUGUAAUAAUCUAACUGAUGAAGCUACCUAAGUUAAUUUGCAAAAUUUAGAAUUAUAUCAGUCUACUAAGGGUGUACUUUGUAGUCAGACAAAAUAAUAAAAUUCGCCUUGAGAAAAAAAAAAGUACCAAAUUGAAAGGGAAAUAAUGAAAAUAAGGUGAAAUAGUACACGUCAAGACCUCAAACUAUUAUUAUAAGUAAGUAAUCUUAAGAAUGAUUUGCUACUGGUUAAAAAAACCAGAAAAAUAGACCUAUUAAACACAUGAGCUAAGUAAGGAUCAGAAAUGAUUUCUUUAGUCCCCUGCCUGAUAAUCCCAGAAGCAUAAACUACUUGGAAGAAAGACUGAAGUUCUGGAAAAACUGGAAAGCAGUUUUGAACAAAAGAGUUUUAGAGCAGCAUUUUAGUUCACAUAACACAUUCCAAAUGGAUAUGUAAACUAAAUAUGAAAGAUCAUGUCUUUAAAAAAAAAUGGAAUGACCUUCACUUGGCCAUAACCAUGUCUGAAGGAGAAGUCAACCAAAUAUGGGCUGAUGUCUUCAUAAGAGAUGAGACAAUUUUGGUUAUAUGUGUAAAGGUAAAGCUCUACCCCCUACUCCAAUUAAUCUCAAAAGAUCCAGAUACCUUUACUGAAUUAAUCAAAAAUGUAGGCUAGGUAUAAAUAUGUACUAAAUCUGAAAGAAUUAAAGUGCUUAAAUCGAUGUAUGAAAACAGAUGGUGCCACACAGGAAACAUCUUGUGAUUGUCAAAGAGAAUUAGAAAUGCUCCUCAUUUUAUUUACAAAGACUUCAAGUCCAAUGCUAAUCCAUUUAAGCAGCGGAGGUACCUUAAAGGGACCUGGAGGUCCCUGAAAGAGGCAGUUCAUUUCUCCUAUACCAGAGGGCCCCAAGAAGGUGAGAGAGUGUAAUAUGUCACCCCCCAUCACUCUACAAUCACCACCAUGGACCAUGUUAUUGGAAAGAGACCAAAUAGAGAUCAUGUAUCCAACAUGGCACAGACACACACACACACACACACACAUACUGAGGACAGACAUGGACAAACAGACAGAUGGAUAAAGAAAGAUAGCCACCUGAGGGAAGAAGUAGCUUCAUGGAAAUAUGUGACCUCCUGUGGUGCAACAGACUUUGUAGCUCAGCAGAGUUACACUUAUGAGUAACUUCAUAAGGGCUACCCAAAGGAAAUAAAGGGCUGCUAGUAACAAGGAGCUGAAUUUAUCCUUUGGUCAUAUGUGUUCCCUACAUUUGUGCCGCACCCUUAUAUCAAGCCUGAGCCCUUAUUCCCCAGGGAUAUUUUUGUGUGAAAAAUUUUGGGAGGAUAUUUUGUACCAACUGUUUUUAUUAGACUACCUUAGCAAAAAUAUUUUUUCCUAAAAGCUAAUUGAGGCUGAUAUGAAAUGGAAAGCACACCAUUUGAAGGCUCAUGUGUAACAGUGCUAGAUCUCAGUCCCUCAGGUUAGCCCCAGAACCCUCUUCUAGGGCACCACUGUUUCAAGUGGAGUUAGGGGAGUAGUUCCAGAGGGGUUGCUACACAUGAAGAUUUAAAACUUGCAAAAAUUAAAUCAAUGCAGCCAGGAUAAGAAAGGAGACCUUCAUAACUGAGGCGGGGGGAGGGGUAAGCCUUUGCAUCAAAGACAAUAAAGUUCUGAUCGCCAAGGUAUUUAGGAAAGUAAUAAAAUUAUAUGACCCGGAACCAAGAGAUAAGUGGUCAAAGGAUAUGAAUAAAUGAACAC